AUGACUCUUUCAAGAUCGCUCAUUUUAAGGUUAUUCGCAAUUGUGACACUCUUACUCACGGUUGUCAGAGGUAAUCCGCAGUGGCAUAAUAGCACCGAUGGACGGCAAUAUUUAAUAGAAGGAGAUGAAAAGUAUAACUGGUUCCAAGCCUUUCAUGAGUGUGCUCGUCGCAAUUUGCAGCUUGUCGAGAUUGAUUCACAGAAAAAGAAUGAUGCCUUAAUCGCUGUGCUGAAACCGCUUUUUGGUAAUUCCCAUAAUUUAUGGCUGGGUGCUAUGGACGAAUUCACUCGCGACAAAAAUUACAAAAGACCUUUCUAUUGGUCCUCAUCGGGUAAACCCAUGACCUUUACUUAUUGGUCAGAUCAUAAUCCCGACAAUGAUCUACACAAAGAACAUUGUGUCCAUACAUGGUCGAAAAAAUCAAAUUAUUUAUGGAAUGACAAUAACUGUGAUUCUGCACGUUUUGGUUACAUUUGUGAAGAUCAUCAUUUGCAUGUCCAGCAUCAACAGGUGUUGUCGGGUAAAUUCCUCAAACUUUCCCAGACAAAUAAUAAAUUAUUUGCCGAAUAUAAUCGUCAGCAGAAAGAGUUUACGAAGACGUUACAAGCUAGUUUUAAGGAAACUGAGUCUAGCGAAACGGAAUUUAAGAAAGGUCUGAACGAUAUCUAUACAAAAUUGCAAUUAGAUAUUAGCCAUGCUUUGGCUCAGCAUAAGAGAGAAGUCGAUUCGUUGGUCGAAGAUAAACGAAAGGCUGUCCAUAGUCGGAAUGUUGAAUUGAAAAUUAGCACCGAGGAAAUAUCGAAGAAAAUUACCAAAGAAUUGGAGUUGGCAAAAUCGGUUUACAAUACGGUUUUGAAAGUUUAA